AUUCGCUAGAAUAGAGGGCGAGGGUCGCUGAUAUUUCGCUAUAGCGGAUUCUUUACAUUAGUAGUUCUUGUUCAAACAUCAAAAACUUAUUUAGAAAAUCAUUUUUUUAUGUUUACGUUCAUCCAGAAAGCUUCGAUGCAUCAUUUAUUCUAAUAGGGUAGCUUAAAUAGGACACACGCAAGACAACAGUUGCAUCUUGUAUUUAUUUGUCAAGCCAAACUAUGGAACUGUUUGCUGUUGGACUUACCAUCAUAUUACAAGGAGUUCUACUUGGUCUUGCCUUACCUGCAGAUUUCCGAUUCACCCAGUUUGACUUUCUAAGGAAUGAUUUAGACCAGCAGGACCAACCAUCAAAGUGUGGCUAUGAGAGUUGUAACCUUGGAAAGCCUGAUGUGUUGAAUGUACAUCUAGUGCCCCACACACAUGAUGAUGUUGGAUGGUUGAAAACUGUGGACCAGUAUUACUAUGGAGCUAAGGAGAAUAUUCAACGUGCAGGAGUGGAAUACAUUCUUGACUCAGUGGUUGAUGAACUGCUCAAAGAUCCAAACAAACGAUUCAUUUAUGUUGAGAUUGCAUUUUUCUACCGUUGGUGGAACCAACAGACAGAUGCUAGAAGACACAAUGUUAAACGAUUAGUCAAUGAAGGUCGCCUUGAGUUCAUCCUGGGUGGUUGGUGUAUGAAUGAUGAGGCAGCGACACACUACAAUGCCAUCAUAGACCAGCACACACUUGGCUUUAAGUUCUUAAAGGACAACUUUGGCGACUGUGCCAGGCCCAGGGUUGCUUGGCAGAUUGAUCCAUUUGGUCAUAGUAGAGAGCAGGCAUCUUUGUUUGCACAGAUGGGGUUUGAUGGACUGUUCUUUGGUCGUCUUGACUACCAGGAUAAGGCUUGGAGACUUAACAACCGCACCAUGGAGCAUAUGUGGAGAGGAAGCCCUGACAACCUAGGCGAUGCCGCCAACCUAUUCACUGGUGCCCUCUAUAAUGGGUAUGGACCACCAGGGGGCUUUUGUUGGGAUGCAGGGUGCGGUGACGAUCCAGUCAUGGAUGACAGGCGUCUCCAUGACUACAAUGUGGAUGAGAAGGUUGCAGCUUUUGUAAAGGCAGCAACUGAUCAGGCCAAGAACUACCAGACAAACCACAUCGUCAUGACCAUGGGUUCAGACUUCCAGUAUUCCAAUGCCAAUACUUGGUACAAGAACCUUGAUAAACUCAUUAAAUAUGUCAACAUGCAGCAAAAGGAGGUGAAUGUCUUCUACUCCACACCAUCCUGCUAUCUGUACUCUCUCAAUAAAGCUGGGAAGAAAUGGACAACAAAGGAGGAUGACUUCUUCCCAUAUGCCCAUAGGAAUAAUUCAUUCUGGACGGGUUACUUCACAAGUCGGGCAGCAUUUAAAGGGAUGGUGCGAGACACAAAUAAUUUGCUCCAGGCAUGUAAACAGCUUGACAUAUUAGCCAACCUUGGACCUGAACACAGUUCCUCAUACAAGAUUGAUGUUCUCAAGAGAGCAAUGGGUGUGUCCCAGCACCAUGAUGCUGUCUCAGGCACUGAGAAACAAGCCGUUGCCUAUGACUACGCUGAGAGAUUGGCCAAUGGAUCUGCUGAGUGUCAGGAGGUCAUCAAUAUUGCUCUGAAUAAACUACAAGACAAGGCACCAUCAAUUGCUGCUGCACUUGAGUGGAAGUUCUGUAAUUAUCUCAAUGUCAGCAAGUGUGGCCUCACUGAGAACAACACAGCUUUCUACAUGACUGUGUACAAUCCACUGGGAAGACCUGUAGACAAGUGGUUGAGACUCCCAGUGAGGGGCAAGGCAUACACAAUCUACACUGGACCUAAUGGAGAACUAGUCCCAAAUCAGGUGGUCCCGCUCUCUAAGGAGACUAAGAUGGUCCCAGAUCAUAAUAACAGUCGGGCAACAGCAGAUUUGGUGUUUAAAGCCAGUCUACCUGCAUUAGGCUUCAACACAUACUAUAUAAGUCAGUCCUCAGGAAGAAGAACUGCAGUUAGAAAAGUCAGACAGAAUCGCAAUUCAGAUGUAACUUUGAAAAAUGAGCGUGUCAGUGUAGUAUUUGAUAGUAUGACUGGUUUGGUGAAGGAGAUGACCAACACAGACAAGGGCAUAUCGAUUCCUCUGUCACAGAACUUCUUCUACUAUAUAGGACAUGAUGGUGACAACAGUAAACCAGAAAAGCAGGCAUCAGGGGCGUACAUCUUCAGACCUAAUGAAACCAACCCCUACCCCAUAAAUACAUCUGCCACACUGGAAAUAGUAAAUGGUGAGUUGGUGAAUGAAGUUCGCCAAGUGUUCAGUAACUAUACCAGUCAAGUUGUGCGUCUUUAUGCUGGAUCUCCUUAUGUAGAGUUUGAAUGGACAGUGGGACCUAUACCAAUAGGAGACAACAAAGGAAGAGAAGUGAUAACACGUUAUAUGACAAAACUUGCCUCAGAUAACAAAUUCUACACAGAUGCCAAUGGCAGAGAAAUAUUACAGAGAGUACGGAACUAUAGACCCACUUGGAAGUUGAACCAAACUGAGCCUGUUGCUGGCAACUACUAUCCAAUCAACAGUCGUGCAUUCAUCAGGGAUGAAGUUGCAAAUAGUGAUAUCCAAUUCACUGUACUAAAUGACAGGUCCCAAGGUGGAGGCAGUAUACAGGAUGGCAACCUGGAGAUCAUGCUUCAUCGCCGCUUACUUCACGAUGACUCCCUGGGUGUUGGCGAGCCUCUCAAUGAGACGGGUGUAGCAGGCAAUGGACUAGUUGUCAGAGGUAAACACUAUGUGUAUCUUGGAGACAAGUCAUCUUCAGCUAAACUGCAUCGUGACCUUGGGGAAGAGAUCUUCAUGGCACCCAUUACAGCUUUUACAACUAGUAAACUUACUCCUGAGGAAUGGGCAGAGAAACAUACAAUAACAUGGUCAGGUGUAAGGUCUGCCCUGCCCUCCAAUGUACAUCUGCUGACCCUAGAACAGUGGAAUGACAAGGCCCUUCUGAGACUGGAGAACUUCUAUGAAAAGACUGAGGCAGAAGGCUCAGGGGAGAAAGAGGUCCAGAUUCAGGAUCUAUUUGCUCCAUUUAGGAUCACUAGUAUGGUUGAGUUGAACCUCGGUGGCAACCAACCUCUGAGCCAGGCCAGCAAAUUACAAUGGGAGACAGAGGAUGGGCAACAGGGAGAUGUGGCUAAUGAAAUCAACGACUUUGAACAUCAUGCACCAUUCUCUGUGAAACUCACUCCUAUGCAGAUCCGAACAUUUGAAGUGACUUUGUCUUACACAUAGGACCCCUUUGGACCACAGAGGACCUUAUAGGACAACUUUGGACCACAUAGGACCUCUGAAACACAUCAUUCAAUAUUUCCAAGUUUCUACUCGUAGGACUGCUUAGGACCCCGGACACUUAUACAUUCAAUGUUGCCAUGCACUUAUACAUUCAAUGUUACCAUGCACUUAUACAUUCAAUGUUGCCAUGCACUUAUACAUUCAAUGUUGCCAUGCACUUAUACAUUCAAUGUUACCAUGCACUUAUACAUUCAAUGU